AGUGACUGGGCCAGGACCGCGGGCUGGGCUUUUGGGUUCAAACUCCAGCUGCAAAGCAACAGGAAGAACCUGAGAGAAGUAUGGCUCGGCAAUACGUUUGCAAGGUCCUGGCUGCUCUGCUGCUGCUAAGUGUCGCCGCUGUCUCCACAUCCAAGGGUCUGAAGGGCAAGGAGCAUCAGAGGGCCUCGCGGAUUCCUUCUCAGUUCAGCCAAAAGGAACGCGUCACGAUGAAGGAAACGCUGAAAGGUGCCAUCCAGAUCCCCACGGUGUCUUUCAGGCCCGGGGAGUUCAACAGGACAGCGCUGGCUGAGUUUGGAGAAUACAUGUAUAAAGCCUUCCCUACGGUGUUCAGAACCAGCUUCAUCCAGCAUGAAGUCGUGGGAGAAUACAGCCACCUGCUCACCGUCCGAGGCUCGGACCCACGCCUGCAGCCCUACAUGCUGCUGUCGCACAUCGACGUGGUGCCUGCCCCCGACCAAGGCUGGGAGGUGCCCCCGUUCUCUGGGUUGGAGCGUGAUGGCUUCAUCUACGGCCGAGGCACACUAGACAACAAGAACGCUGUGAUGGCCAUCCUGCAGGCGCUGGAGCUCCUGCUGAUCAGAAAUUACAUCCCCAGGAGAUCUUUCUACAUUGCUCUGGGCCAUGAUGAGGAGGUGUCAGGGGCAGGUGGGGCCCAAAAGAUCUCAGCCUUGCUCCAGGCGAGGGGUGUCCAGCUGGCCUUCAUCGUGGACGAGGGUGGCUUCAUCUUGGAUGAUCUCAUUCCCAGCCUCACGAAGCCCUUUGCCACGGUUUCAGUCUCCGAGAAGGGUGCACUGACCCUCAUGCUGCAAGUAAACAUGACUCCAGGCCACUCCGCUACUCCUCCGAAGGAAACAAGCAUUGGCAUCCUCGCAGCUGCUGUCAGCCGACUGGAGCACACCCCAAUGCCGAACAUGUUUGGAAGUGGGCCAUUGGCGAUGACACUGCAGCAACUGGCUAGUGAGUUUCCCUUCCCUACCAACAUCGUCAUGAACAACCUCUGGUUAUUUGGACCCUUUGUACGCAGGGCACUGGAGAGGAGCCCUUUGACCAAUGCUAUGGUCAGAACUACCACAGCAGUGACCAUAUUCCAUGCUGGGGUCAAGGAGAAUAUCAUCCCCCCGGUGGCCCAGGCCACAGUCAACUUCAGGAUUCACCCUGCGCAGACAGUCCAGGAGGUCCUUGAACUAGCCAAGAACAUUGUGGCUGAUGACCGGGUCCAGUUCCACGUGUUGGAUACAUUUGAUCCCCUGCCUGUCAGCCCCUCUGAUGAUCAGGCCUUGGGCUACCAGCUGAUCCGCCAGACCUUACAGUCUGUCUUCCCAGAAGUCAACAUUGUUGUCCCAGGUAUUUGUAUUGGCAUGACAGACAGCCGACACUAUUCAAACCUCACCACUGGCAUCUAUCGGUUCAACCCCAUCUAUUUGCAGCCUCGGGACUUCCUCGGCUUCCAUGGAAUCAAUGAGAAAAUCUCAGUCCAAGGCUAUGAGACCCAGGUGAAAUUCAUCUUCGAGUUUAUCCAGAAUGCUGACGCAGACCAGAGGCCAGUUCCACACCUGCACGAGUUGUGAGGUCCAGGAGCGGCUGGACCAGGUGUGCCCCACUCUGGGCCGAGACCUACCCGAGGGAAAAGCCAAUGUUGAUGAAGCUUUGGGUCAAAACCACAUUGUAACCCCAGCUGGGCAGCUCAGUUGGUUAGAACAUCAUCCUAAUACAAGGUUGCAGGUUCAAUUUCCGCACAUAGAGGAAUCAACCGAAGAAUGUAUAAAUAAGGGGAACAACAGAU